AUGACAAAUAUGGUAGACGAAAAAUAUAAUAUUCUUUCAUAUAAAAUGAAAGAAGUAAUUAAAAAUGUGACAAAUAUUUCUCUUAGCACCGAUGUGUGGACUGAUACCCUCAACACCAGGAGCUUUUUAGGUCUAACAUGUCAUUUUAUUCAUGGAAAUUAUUUAAAAUCGGUGUCAAUCGGUGUCAAAGAGUUAAACCAAAGUCACACCUCCAAUUAUCUAGAAUCCGUAUUGAAGAGUUUAUGUGACACAUGGGGCAUUAAUGAUAACAAAAUUGUUGCUGUAGUGACAGACAAUGGCGCGAAUAUAAAAAAAGCAGUUGUCGACGCUUUUGGAAAAACCAAGCAUCUUCCAUGUUUUGGUCACACUAUCAACUUGGUAGCUGCUAAACCAUUUGAUAGCAGCACUGAUAUUAAAGAGUUCGUUACUCCAAUCAAAGACAUUGUACGAUACUUUAAACAUAGUGUGGCAGCCUCAGAUGAAUUGAGAAAGUGCCAAGAUAUGAGACAAGCUUCCUUGAAACUCAUACAAUCUAUAAGUACAAGAUGGAAUUCGAUGUUUUAUAUGAUUGAGAGAUUUGUAAAUCUUUCGGAAAAAGUGGCAGCUAUUCUACUUAAAAACUCAAGUUAA